AUGGAGGUGACCAAGGGUCAAGUAUGCGAACGUCAGGCCUUUUUAACCCAGCGGCGAAACGCAUCGUGUACUUUGACUUUACAACAUAUUUUCUACUUACCAGGUCUUCACGUGACAUACAACGUGUCAAAACCGGAGGGGCAGCGGGUGACGUCGGUGACAAUCGGCAACAGUGGCGGUGGAAUUGACAGCGAGAAGUUCUACCAAGUUACAGCACCAGCUUACCUGGCUGGUGGAGGGGAUGGAUAUACGAUGUUCAAAGAAAACAAGAAGAACGUGCAAGUGAUAGGAAGAGACCAGAAGAUAUUUGAGACGUACAUCAGGAAGAAUUCGCCGCUACACGUAGUCACUGAUGGAAGAAUUAAAAUUAUAGAAGACUAAUAGUUUUAGUGAUUUUAAAUAAGAUUUGUUAGGCACAUCAUACUUGAUGUUAUUUUUGUGUUUUGUUAUGAUUUUUUUUCAUAAUACAACCGCCAAAUGCCAUGGGUGCUAUUUUUAUUUAUGCAUUUUAUGUCCUCGAUUCAAUAUUGUAGUAAAAUAAAUGUUUCUUUCUCGGCCUCUCGCGACACAUACUAGGUAUCUAAAUUCUAUUGAACAUGAAAAGUCCUGAAAUGGUGUACCUGUGUAAGGCAUGAGAAGGCAGGUAGUCAAUAGACACACUAGUCUCUUCGAAUACUGGAUCAAAUCUAGACGAACUUCUGGACAAAGAUUGAAGAUAAGACACACACACAAUGGACAAAUAGGUACGAAAAAGAGACUAGCUCUAACUUGCCUACUGACAAUAAAAUAUUCAGAGUUCCUGUAA